AAUUGCUCGAGCGGCCUCCUGUUGCUAUGGUUGCACUAUCAGGCGAACAUAACUUUUAUUCGUUAGCGUUUGUUCGUUAAACCUACUUGUAUACAAAUUUAAACUAAGACCCCCCAACCUUUUGUUUUGAUUUCUUUUAGGGGGUUCGAGUCUUAAUUCGGGGAGUCUGGUUUCGCCAACCUCCCCAUAUUCGCACCCUCGUACUGUGCACUUCCCUUAGUAUAGGUUACUCAUUCAUAUAAACACUUCGAUUGUCACAUGUAGGUGGGGCUCCCUGUAACACCAUAGUGACGUGAUGAGGCUGGUCUUGGUUAAACCUACCAAUGAAACGGGCCUUCUUGACUCCACCGGGGCUGCGCGCAGCGAAAGGGUGCCGGAUCAUUGCAACGCAAAGCGGCACUCCGCCGCAGGUGAGGCGGGGAUGCAGCAUCGCUACUCAGGAGCCGUCCAUCAGCAGCAGCACCACCACCAACAACACGCGGAGCACAGGGGUGGCCUUAGACAGACCGCACACCCCUUGCCAAAACAGAGCCAAGAGCACCUGCCUAGCCCUUUCGGUCAGGAAGCACCAGUCAAAAGCCAAGGAAGCAACAUAAGUCUCACAGACUGUUACAAACCCUCCCUAAGUCGGCAGCAGAGUGUUGGAGGGGCUGCCAAAACUGCGAAUUGCCAACUAGAUCAUUGUUCGUGCAGCUGCGGAUUGCCAGAGCAUCAACAUCUGUUGCAGCAGCAGCAGCAGCAGCAUCCAAGCCAGCGUCACAACCCUCCACCUUCCCUCCAGCUACAGGUUCAGCAGCAGCGGGUGCUGAGGAGUAGCCUGCCCAACUGCUGCGCUCGAGGAUCAGGGGAGCUGAGAAGCCAGCAGCCGUCUCUGCUGCAGCACCGUGAAAACGACAGCCUGAGAUCAGGCGAGCAGCGGAAUCCAGUUCUUCACGCCCGUGCAUGCACGCCUGAUAGAUGCCAGGGAGCCAGGAACUCCGUUUCUCCGCGGAGUAGAAGCAGCCUGCUGUCUUCUGACAGUCGCGUGUGCCUCGAGGAGCAUAAAAAUAGACACGAAGGAUAUAAGGUGAAUGCGGAUGCCAGCAGGCUGAGCCAUGCUGGAUCGGGGCCUUCCCUGUCCCACGGCGGCCCACAGUAUCCUCAGAUAGCCAUGAACAGCUGCAAGUACAAUGGGGGCAUAGUCAGACCACACGGCAGUCUGGGGGCAUCCCGGAGGAACCUGGCAGAGCUGGACUCUGAGACGCAGCCUUUGCAGACCCUGCACUCUUCCAGCCUGGAGGUGGUGGUCUCCAAAGGGAACGGGGAAGACCCUAGCAAGCAGUCCAGCGAGAACCUUGUGAGGCAAAGACCCUGCAGCACUCCGCAUAAGAAGAACAAGGACAUUGGCUAUAAACUCGGCCACCGGAGGGUGCUGUUCGAGAAACGCAAGCGCCUUAGCGACUACGCCCUGAUUUUUGGAAUGUUUGGGAUUGUUGUCAUGGUGACGGAGACUGAACUCUCUUGGGGAGUUUAUACAAAGGAAUCCUCAUAUUCAUUUGCACUGAAAUGCCUUAUUAGCCUCUCCACUGUAAUUCUGCUCUGUCUGAUCAUUAUGUACCACGCACGAGAGAUUCAGCUCUUCAUGGUGGACAAUGGAGCAGAUGACUGGCGGAUAGCCAUGACAUACGAGCGCAUCUUCUUCAUCGUUUUGGAGCUGCUGGUGUGUGCCAUCCACCCUAUUCCAGGUCAGUACGUCUUCACAUGGACCGCCCGCCUGGCCUACACCUACCUACCGUCUGUGGCGGAUGCAGACGUGGACAUCAUCCUCUCCAUCCCCAUGUUCCUGCGGCUGUAUCUGAUUGGCCGAGUCAUGCUCCUGCACAGUAAGCUCUUUACGGACGCCUCGUCACGCAGUAUCGGAGCCCUCAAUAAGAUCAACUUUAACACACGCUUUGUCAUGAAGACUUUGAUGACUAUCUGCCCAGGCACAGUCCUGCUGGUUUUCAGCAUAUCAUCAUGGAUCAUUGCUGCCUGGACAGUGCAUGUCUGUGAGAGAUACCAUGAUAAGCUGGAAGUCACCAGUAACUUCUUGGGAGCCAUGUGGUUAAUCUCCAUAACCUUCCUGUCUAUUGGUUAUGGUGACAUGGUCCCUAACACAUACUGUGGGAAGGGAGUGUGUCUCCUUACUGGAAUCAUGGGGGCCGGCUGCACUGCCCUAGUGGUGGCUGUCGUAGCCCGGAAGCUAGAGCUCACCAAGGCUGAAAAGCAUGUCCAUAACUUUAUGAUGGACACUCAACUCUGCAAAAGAGUGAAAAACACGGCUGCUAAUGUACUCAGGGAAACAUGGCUAAUCUACAAACACACAAAGCUUGUGAAGAAGGUUGACCAUGCCAAGGUCCGAAAACAUCAGCGCAAGUUUCUACAGGCCAUUCACCAAGCUCAGAAACUGCGAAGUGUGAAGAUGGAGCAAAGGAAGCUGAAUGACCAAGCAAACACGCUGGUGGACUUAGCAAAGACACAGAAUGUGAUGUACGACCUGGUAUCAGAGCUGCAGGAGCGCAGCGAGGAGCUGGAAAAGCGGAUCGGUAACCUAGAGGCAAAACUGGACUCCAUAAACAGCAGUCUGCAGGCUCUGCCUGGCCUGCUCUCACAAGCCAUACAGCAGCAACAGCAACACCUGCUGGACGGGCUGACCCAGCACGGAUUCACCUUCACCAGACCCUCCUCGCAGACCUCCGAACGCUCCUGGGCGUCAUCCGUGCACCGACGAAGAUCACCUUCUACCGCACCACACACGUCCUCGGAUAGCGGCUAGCACGCUCCCACACACUCGAAACCAUACUCUAAACCUACACACACUCCUACACACCUCUGUCAUCAACUAACACUGCUAAAUAUACUUUUAGUACUAAAACGUUAACAAGAAUGACAACUUCAACACACUGGAAUAAAAUGUAACGAAUAACACAUCAUGGUAGAGAUAUGGUUUAUGUUUAGCCAUUGUAUGGCUGUUUAAAGUUAGCUUUUUUGUAAAGCCCUUGUAUAGUAUGGACUGGAUUCAGACUGCAGGGGGUCGAAUGGAUUUAUAUAUAGAGAGAUAUAGUUUAGAAACAGAGCAUUAAAUGGAACUAAACCCUUGAAAAUAAAGAGGACUGAGAAGAAAGGAAAAAUGUGAGAGAGAGAGGAAGUCACUGGAGAGACUUCCUGUCCAUGGCAGUUUUUGAAGAUGUAGGCUACGUUCACAUUAGCAUACUAGCAUACUACUUACUGUUGCUGCAGUAUAUAUUUAUAUACAGUGUACAGUAUGCACAUUUUCUGUGUGCAUUAAAUACCCAGAGUGCACUGCAUUGAUACCGUAUUCCAGACUGCAAUGCGCUCGACUCGACCUUCUAUUUUCAGCGUAAACACGUAUUUCUAGAACUACAAAAUAAGACAUUUUUACUCGAAAUUUAAAUGAACCCUCUGGUGGUGUUCUGGCACUUUAGACUGAAUCGUUUUACGUUUUUAAUUAUUCAUUUUUUGUUGAAUUUUUCGACAGAAUGGUAUGGAACUUGGUAAAUAUAGUUGCACUUACUAUUUUAAUACAUAAAAUGUGGACUGUCAGAAAAUGACCCAUAGGAAAUUUAUUGGAAAAUAUUUUGGGGGGCAAUCAGCCACAAUGAAUAUAUCCAACGCAUUCUCAUCCCGAGGCGUCAUAUAUUGAUGCUUUUGCCAAUGCGUAUA